UGCUUAAAGAUCAAGAUCCAGCAGUUGAAGGUGCUGCUAUCUGCAGUCAAUAAACCCACACUUGCCAUUCCACACUACUCAGAGGGAUGCGGGAUAAACCCCACAAAGGUCUAUCAGAGAAAUAAACAACUGAUCAGCUUCUCAGCUGCACUGAGCUCUAUGUUACAUAUCUUCAACGCUGAGGCAGUUGAUGUCUGCUGA